AUGUCUGAUAAUAUUUCUCUUCCAUCAAUCGAAGAAGUUAAUCAAUGGAACCCGAAACAAGUUAUCGCUUUUCUGGAGUCUUAUAAUGAUAAACAAAAAUUAUAUCUCAGAAAUGAAGAUAUUAAAAUAAUUAAGGAUAACUGGGUAUAUCGAGGUGAAUUCGUAGCAUUAUAUGGAUCACGAGCCUCUGGAAAGUCUACACGAAACGUAAUCAAACUUCAAUCUUCAUUUUCUCAACUUUCUGUCAUGUUACCAUUUCCUCUGUAUAGUGCAUCUUUUGAACAUGUCAGCAUGAAUAAUGUAGACCUUUUCUGGCAAACACUCGGCAUGAAACUUCAACAUACUGUCAUCCUAUUUGAUGAGUUUGAUAUGUUGUAUAAUGCAACGGAUGACGUUCUUACCUCGUGUAUGACGACACUUCGUGUCACACUUCGUGGCAUCAAAGCCAAACCCGAACUUUACUUUGGAACAAGUACAAUUUUAUACAAAGAAUUUGCGGAUGAAUACGAAUUGAAAAUUAACCAAAAAGUUAUUGAGGACAUGUACAUACAAACCAACGGAAAACUACCAUCAGAAAUAGGAUUACACUUGAGCCAUGACUCAUGGCAAUAUUUCACCACCUUCUUACUAGGAAAUGCGAUUUUAGAAUACCCAAUGUUUAUAAGAAUGAAGGAUGCCUUUUUGAAUAAGAAUUUAUGGAUGCUGUGA